AUGACCACAGACCUCUUUCAAGCCAAGGACAAAUUAGCAGUAUUUCGCAAAGCCUUUUCCUUACCCCUGAAGGAUAAAUCUAGCGCUCAUUAUAGUUCAAGCAGGCCUCCGCCAACCUUGGGCCUGAGACGAGGGGCCGUGUUUGUCGCGAAGCCUCUACAUGACCCAAGCGGAGAGUUCGCGAUUGUACUCUACGACCCAACUAUCGAUGACAAGCCGAAAGCCGUUGAACAACCCGCCCCAGUCGAUGAAAAUGAACAGCAAGAAAAUAUCCGACAACUUGACUCUCCUCUCGUGCAUAAAAGCUUGACCGAGAUAUUGGGGAUUAAGAAAACGGUUGAGAAGGAACAUCCACGUGUUCCAGUUGUUCUUGAUCCCAGACUAACCAAAAUUCUGCGUCCUCAUCAAGUUGAGGGUGUGAAGUUCAUGUAUCGAUGCGUUUCCGGUCUCAUUGAUACGAAGGCGAACGGGUGCAUCAUGGCAGACGAGAUGGGUCUUGGGAAGACUCUGCAGUGUAUUACACUCUUAUGGACAUUGCUGAAGCAAUCACCUGACGCUGGAAAACCAACGAUUCAAAAAGCUAUCGUUGUCUGCCCUGCGAGCUUGGUGAAGAACUGGGCCAACGAGUUGAUAAAGUGGCUCGGUGCUAAUGCCAUCACUCCAUUUGCGAUCGAUGGGAAAGCUUCGAAGGAAGAACUGACGCGUCAACUCCGACAGUGGGCUAUUGCUUCCGGAAGGUCUGUCACACGACCUGUGAUUAUUGUAUCCUACGAAACAUUGCGACUGAACGUGGAAGAACUCAAGCAUACGAAAAUUGGUCUGCUAUUCUGUGACGAGGGCCACCGCCUUAAGAACGGAGAUAGCAACACAUUCAACGCGUUGAACAAUCUUAACGUGUCGAGACGCGUCAUUCUGACUGGAACCCCUAUCCAGAACGACCUCACGGAAUAUUUCUCUUUGACUAGUUUUGCAAAUCCGGAGCUACUCGGUUCUCGGCUUGAGUUUCGAAAACGCUUCGAGAUCCCUAUUCUCAGAGGCCGCGAUGCAGAUGCUUCGGAAGAAGACAAACAGCGUGGCGAUGCAUGUACGACGGAGUUACUUGGAAUUGUCAACAAGUUCCUCAUUCGCAGAACGAACGAUAUUCUAUCCAAAUAUUUGCCUGUCAAGUACGAGCAUGUUGUCUUCUGCAAUCUUGCGCCAUUUCAACUGGAUCUGUACAAUUAUUUCAUCACCAGUCCCGAUAUUCAAGCUCUGUUGCGCGGGAAGGGAAGCCAGCCUUUGAAAGCGAUCAACAUCCUGAAGAAGCUUUGUAAUCAUCCAGAUCUUCUUGUUCUGGAUGAAGACUUGCCUGGCUCUGAAUACUGUUUUCCUUCAGAUUACAUUCCUAAAGAAGCCCGAGGGCGAGACCGCGAAGUCAAGCCAUGGUAUUCCGGGAAAAUGCAAGUAUUGGACCGCAUGUUGGCUCGCAUACGUCAAGAUACAAAUGACAAAAUUGUUCUCAUAAGCAACUACACAUCGACACUGGACUUAUUCGAGAAACUCUGUCGAUCACGUCAAUACGGAUGUUUACGCCUGGAUGGCACGAUGAACGUUAACAAACGUCAGAAACUUGUGGACCGCUUCAAUGACCCUGAGGGCGAUGAGUUCGUCUUUUUAUUGAGCAGUAAGGCAGGGGGCUGUGGUAUCAAUCUGAUUGGUGCAAAUCGACUCAUUCUCUUCGAUCCGGACUGGAAUCCAGCCGCGGAUCAACAAGCUCUGGCACGUGUGUGGCGUGACGGUCAGAAAAAGGAUUGCUUUGUCUAUCGCUUUAUCGCUACAGGUACUAUCGAGGAGAAAAUCUUCCAGCGCCAGUCGCACAAACAGAGCCUUUCGUCAUGUGUGGUGGAUUCUGCGGAAGAUGUUGAGCGGCAUUUCUCUCGAGAUAGCCUCAGAGAGCUAUUUCAGUACCGUUCCGACACAAGAAGCGAUACACACGACACAUUCAGGUGCAAGAGAUGCCGGCCAGACGGUACCCAAUAUAUAAAAGCUCCUGCACUUCUAUACGGCGACACGAGCACUUGGAAUCAUUUCACAAACGAUGGUUUGAAGCCUAUCCAAGAUUUGUUAUUGAGGCAGGAGUACGGGGAGCACGAUGUGUCUGCUGUGUUUCAGUAUAUUUCUCACUAG